AUGGCUUCAGAGCCGGCGCUGCGCCUGGCGGGCGGGCGGAGCCGCUGCGAGGGCCGGGUGGAGGUGUGGCACGGCGGCGUGUGGGGCACGGUGUGCGACGACCGCUGGAACAUCAAGAACGCCGGCGUCGUGUGUCGCCUCCUGGGCUGCGGCCACGCGCUGGGCGCCCCGGGCCACGGCCGCUUCGGCCCGGGCGCGGGGCCCAUCCUGCUGGACGACGUGCGCUGCGCGGGCUCCGAGGACGCGCUGGGGCGCUGCGCCCACUCGGGCUGGGGCCGCCACGACUGCCGGCACCGCGAGGACGCGGGCGUGGUCUGCGCAGGUCCCGCUGACUCUCCUGUACCCAAGGACAAUGCCCAGCUCUCCUGCUUGCCUCACCUCUUCCAAGCCGUUAUUGACCGAGGCUACCUCUGGAGGCUGGGCUACUCCUCCUGGGACAUCCACUUAAAUGAUGAGCUGUGUCGCCCCCAGGUCACGGGGCACUACCUGAUCUUCAACAUUCCGUAUGGACACUGUGGCACCGUCCAACAGGAGCACUUGGGCUCCCUCAGCUACUCCAACUCCAUCAGAGGCCGAAUUCGGGGCCACCCUGGCCGAGUCAUCGUGCGGCACAAGGUGCCUGAGCUGAAGUUCACCUGUAGGGUGGGCGGCCCAGCUGCAGUUGAAAUCGUUCAUGGAGCUAAUGUCCCGAUGGAGAAUGUCAGCUACGAAGUGUCCAUAUCGUUCCUCCAAUCGCCAGGGCCCCAGUACAUGGAAGGCAUGGCACCAUAUUAUGCUAACCAGGGGAAAGAGGUCUUCCUCCAAGCCACCCUCCAUAGCCUCAACCCCAACCUGAAACUCUUUGUGGAUACCUGUGUGGCUUCUCCUGAUCCCAGUGAUUUUACAACCAUCAAGCAUGAUUUGAUCCAGCAGGGGUGCAUCAAAGAAAGUUCCUAUGCCAAUCUCUACUCCCACCAGAAGAACGUGGUUCAGUUCAAGUUCAACGCCUUCAGCUUUCUUGACAGCUACAAUGUGGUCUAUCUGCAGUGUAAGCUCACCGUGUGCAAGGUGGGAGACUACUCCUCUCGCUGCUCCCAGGGCUGUGCAGGGCGGAGUAGGAGAGAUGCAGGCACCGUGGAGGCCAAGGAACAGCAGACAGAGCAUUUCCAACUGGUGGGGCCACUGGAGAUCCACAAAGUAACUGCUCAGAGCAAGACUCUUGUGUGAUUUAUCCAAUUUUCACAUGAAUCUGUUAGAAAUUAGAAAGCAAAGACUAAUUUCUCUUUAGUAAUGUUUGACAAAUCAGAAGUUAUCUACGUAGAGACAAGUAAAAGAAACAGCUGGAGGAGAC